CGCUAAUAGUCACCGUCGACCUUUGAAUUAGACAAAAAAAUUAAUUCACCUAAAACUUUUAAUUAAAUGAUGGCUAAUAAAGGCCUUUUAAUACUUACUUGCCUGUCUAAAUUAUCAGCAUCCUUAACACUAGCAAGUAAAAAGAUCGGUCAAUACCUGUACAUCCAUUAUCAUCCAAAAGAGCCAUUAAAGUAUGAAAAAUUUACAAAGGCAAUAAGCAGUAUUUAUAGCUGUUCUAUUGAAAUGUGUGGAAAUAUUGAUGUUCGAGUUUUAGUGUCAACAAUUAAGAAUCAAGGAAAUGUCAUUUCCAGAGCCCAUAAUGUCGAUUUAGUUUUUGUGGAUGAUCGCAUUCAAAACAUGGCAACAGACAACACAUUUGCAUUUAUCAGACAGUCAAUGAGCCUUAUCGAUGAUAGCGAAAUCAAAUAUAAUAAUGUCGUACUUGGAGGCACUUUUGAUCGAUUACAUGUUGGACAUAAAAUUUUAUUAUCUGAGGCUGCUUUACGAGCACAAAAGCGACUUGUUGUUGGCGUAACUGAUGUCAAUAUGAUCGCAUCCAAAAAGCUACCUGAACUUGUUCUUCCGCUCAAGACGAGAAUGAAGGAUGUAACAGACUUCCUUACAGACAUUGAUGAUUCAUUAAGCUAUGAUGUUGUGUCUAUUCAAGAUCCUUUCGGACCAACAGCUUCAGAUCCAAAUUUAGACUUAAUUGUCGUUAGUGACGAGACACUUAAAGGUGGUCAUAAAGUCAAUGAGAUUAGGAAGCAGAAGAGCUUUAAUGAAUUAGCGAUUUACAGCAUUCCAUUAGUUGAAAUUAAACAAGUUUUAAAGGAAAAGGAACAAAAAGUGAGUUCGUCAAACCAACGCAUGGACAUUUUAGGAACGCAAUUUAAACAGCCACGUGCACGUCCAAAUCUCCCAAAACAUCCUUACAUCAUAGGUCUAAUUGGUGGAAUCGCAUCAGGGAAAAGUAAAAUGAGUGAGAGAUUUGAGAAAAUGGGAGCAGGUGUCGUCGACUGUGACAAAUUAGCACAUUCAAUUUAUGAGCCAGGCGAGGAAUGUUUCUACACAAUUAUCAACGAAUUUGGAAAUGAUAUUUUAGAUGAUGAAGGACGAAUAGAUAGAAGAAAAUUAGGUGCAAUCGUAUUUACUGAUAAGACCAGACUUCAGAAACUUAAUGAAAUUGUAUGGCCAAGCCUUUUAAAGAAAGCCAAGCUGAUAAUCAAAGAUAUUUAUGAUAAGGAAAAUCGACAAAUUAUAAUUUUAGAGGCAGCAAUUCUCAUUCAAGCUGGAUGGGAAAAUGAAUGUCAUGAAAUAUGGUCAAUGAUCAUCCCACCUGAAGUAGCUGUACAAAGAAUCAUGGAUAGGAAUAAUUUAAGCGAGGAUGAGGCAAAGUCGCGAGUAGCAUCGCAAGUUGAGAAUUCUGUUGUUGUGGAUCAUUCGAAUGUGAUCUUUUCAUCACUAUGGAGUUAUGAGUACUCUCAAUUACAAGCUGAUAAGGCAUGGAAAGAAUUGUUGACUAGAUUGGAUAUUCCAAAAUCUUCCAAGAUUUAAUUUUUUUGCAUGUUAUUUGAGGAACUUAUUGUUCUAGAUUAAUUAAUUUUGUUGACUAUAUUGGUAUGAAAAAUAAUAUUUGGUGUGGUCUUUUGAAGACGGGAAUUCGCUUUAAUAAAAAACUAUACUUUUGAUUUUAAAAAUUGAGGAUGUAAAUUUAUUGUCGUUGAAAAGAAUUAAAAUAUUUAAAUUUGUAACGGAU